GCCGGGCAUGCGGGCGGUGGCGGCGCGCCGGGAGGUGGGAUGCUGUCGCGGAAGAAGACGCGGACGGAGCUCUCCAAGCCGGGCGAGGUGCAGGGGAAGUACGUGAAGAAGGAGACGAGCCCGCUCCUGAGGAACCUGAUGCCUUCCUUUAUCCGUCACGGUCCGACCAUUCCAAGACGAACUGACAUCUGCCCUCCCGACUCCACGCCCUCUGCCUACGCCCCUGGAGGAGAUGGAAUUGUUUCCAGGAACCAGAGUUUCCUCCGAACCCCGGUGCAGAGGCCGCCCCACGAAAUAAUGAGGCGGGAGAGCAACAGACUGUCUGCACCCUCCUAUCUGGCCAGGAGUCUGGCUGAUGUCCCGAGGGAAUACGGCUCCUCCUCCCAGUCCUUCCUGGCAGAAGCCAGUCCCGGGCUGGAAAACGGAGACCCCGGAGCGCGGUGUUAUUAUUAUGAUCACUUCUACGAGGCCCAGAGGAGGCGGCAGGUGAGCGACCGAGCCCACGAGGACUACAGGUAUUACGAGCACGGCAGUGAGCUUUUCCAGAGGAUGUCCCAGAAUCAUGGGAGGCACACCUCAGGCAUCGGGAGAGUUGCUGCUACGUCUCUAGGAAACUUAACAAAUCAUAGUUCUGAAGAUUUACCUCUUCCUCCUGGCUGGUCAGUGGACUGGACUAUCAGAGGAAGGAAAUACUACAUAGAUCACAACACCAACACCACUCACUGGAGCCACCCUUUGGAGCGGGAGGGGCUCCCGCCGGGCUGGGAGCGUGUGGAGUCCGCGGAAUUCGGGGUCUACUACGUGGAUCACAUCAACAAAAGAGCUCAGUACAAACAUCCCUGUGCUCCCAGCGUCCCCCGUUACGAUCAGCCGCCCCCCGUGUCCUACCAGCCGCAGCCGGCGGAGCGGAGCCAACCCCUGCUGGUCCCUGCCAACCCCUACCACACUGCUGAGAUCCCAGACUGGCUCCAGGUCUACGCCAGGGCUCCUGUCAAGUACGACCACAUCCUGAAGUGGGAGCUGUUCCAGCUGGCGGACCUGGACACGUACCAGGGGAUGCUGAAGCUGCUGUUCAUGAAGGAGCUGGAGCGGAUCGUGAAGCUGUACGAGGCGUUCCGGCAGGCGCUGCUCACCGAGCUGGAGCACCGCCAGCAGCGCCAGCAGUGGUACGCCCAGCACGGCAAGAACUAUUGACCCCUCCCCACGGACUCUCUCUGACUUUAAUGUACAGAACACCAACCCUGUUCCUGUUCAGGAGCACCAGGAGCUGAUUUCUCCCAUCAGAUCCGAGCCUGAGUUGCCUUAUUUUUUACUUCAGAUUUUACUACUUGUUUUCACUCAGAGGGGGAACACUUGGGACCUUCCUAAAGACCAAGAUCUCUAAGCAGAGUUUUUUAAAUCCUGGCUAAACUGCAUUUCACAAAAAUCUGACCCACUCUGGUGGGAAGGCAAUGGCAUUGGCACUGUGCCACCCCACGGGGAAAAUCAGGGAUGUAACAGCAAUUACUGUUCUUUUUUAACGAGCUUUUGUCUUGUAUUAAAGCUCCUCACUUGGGGAAAUUUUUUAAUUGUCCACUUACCCUCUCCAGUAUUUCCAUCUGGUUCAUGAAUUGUCCUGAAAUGUUAUUUAUGGAUUCUUUUCAGUGCAAUAAACACUGCAGACAAAAAAAGUACAUUUCUUGUAAAUCCUAUUCAUUCAAUAAAAAUCAUUUUGUUCGACGAA